AGGUACAGGAAAAAAUGAAGAUUCACUGCUUGUUUCAACAACAUUUCCAUUCCAUUUGUGUAUUAAUGAAAGUCAAAUCAAAGUGUAAUGUUCUACAGGUGAAAAUACUCUGUUUAUUUGGCUAUCACCAGGUCAACUUUUAGACAAAUAAAGAAAUGCACUGAUGUCUAAGUUUCUUAAUUCUCCCCAGUUGCCUCCUGGGACAAAACCUCUGCCUACCCAAGUAGCAGGACACAAGUAUGGAGAUGGAAAAAUAGGAUGUUUAGAAGUAGAUGAUGGUACCAUACUAAAACAUGUGCAGCGUCCACCUAAAGGUCAGAGAGAGUUAGAUUUUUAUGAUGAAGUCUUCAAGUCAACAGACGACAACACUUUAAUAGAACUUCGGCCAUUUGUUCCAGAAUUCCAUGGUGUCAUCCAUGGUGAAAAGAACGGAGGUGUAGCCAAACACCAGUACCUGAAGUUAGAAAACUUGAUAAAGAAACUUUCCAAGCCAUGUGUUUUGGACAUAAAGAUGGGGAGAAAAACAUAUGACCCAGAAGCCUCACCAGAGAAAGUGGCAUUAGAAAUAGCCAAAUUCCCCCCUGUCAUGCAGCUAGGCUAUCAAUUCUCAGGAAUGCUGAAGUUUGACAUAGAUAAAAACAAGAUGGUGAAAUAUGAUAAAUAUUUCUGUAAAAAGUUAACAGAGAAAACAAUGGUGGUUGAUGGAUUAGGUGAAUUUUUUCGUCAAGGAAAACACUAUAGAAAAGACUAUAUCCAAGUCGUGGUUGACAAAUUAAAAUCAAUAGAAACCUGGUUCUUAAAUCAGAAAAAAUAUGCAUUUUAUGCCAGUUCAUUGCUGUUUGUUUACAAUGCAUCUGUAGACAAUACUGAAGCACAAGAUAUAGUGUUGUGUUCUGAAGGAAAGGAAGAAAAACUGGACAGUAUGGAAGAUAAGAAAAUAAACAAGGACAGUGAAUCCGACAUUAAUCAAACUGACAAUCGACUCAGUGAGGAAGGAAGUGACGAAACAGAAAAUACUUCUUGUAACCAUAGCAAUAGAGAUAGAAGUUUUGUAGAUGUACGAAUGAUUGAUUUUACCCAUGUGUUUCCGUCAGAAGACCGAGAUGAGAAUUAUAUAUUUGGAUUACAAAACUUGAUAAAACAUUUACAAUCUCUGCUUGAGAUUUAAUUCCUUAUUUUUUACCACAAAAUGUGCAAAUAUGUGUGAGUGCCUUAAUGUUUCAAGAUCAAUACUAAAGUGUUAUGUGGUUAUGUGGAGCUUUUUAUUUUUACUCACAAUAAAUUUUUUACACAAAUUGUUUGUUUGUACAUAAAGAACUGUUAACAUACUUCAAAGAUCUGUGGCUCUUCUUUUUUCAUACGGCAUUAAGAAAAAAUAUGUUUCUAAUUACCUAGUUAACCUUAUUAUACACCUGGCUCAAAUAAAGAAACAAAUCAUAUUUUUUCCAAGCAUAUAUAUUUUUAUAGAUCUUUUACUUUUUAGACUUUUUAAAAUUUUGAUUUGCACUGCCAUUUUUAGAUACCCUGAGAAUGUAGACUAUAUUAAACCUUUGAUCUGAUUUUAAGCUCUGCUUAUGACAGCUAUUGUACAGUGGAUGUUUUAUAUGUCAUUACAUAAAUACUGAAAUAAAGUACAACUGAGGAGGAGUUAUUCCCCUUCCUUAAGGUAUUAUUUAUUUCCCAUGUUAACUUCCCAUCACAAGGUUAACAACUCCUUUGAAUGGAGAGUCACUUGUAUCAAAAUAUAAUUAUUUUUCUCAGGUGAGCAGUUGAUAAUAUACAGAUUGUUUAAAAUCAUUGCAUAUGUAACAUUUUUAAGUUGUCGUGUUCAUAUGGAUAAUUUGUAAGGUGUUUAUGAUCUCUUAAUGUUGUUUGUACUUCAAUGAUGGUAUUCAGGCAUUACAAUGUUAAAAAUAAUAUAAGAAGUCAGGUUUCACAAAGAAACAGUUUUUCAGUGUGCUUGAAAUAAUUUCCCUUAUAGAAUCUAGUCUAUAUGCUUAUCAGGAUAAGAUACAUUUAGACAGGUUAAGUGUAAGGGACAACAAAAGAUUGAUGUCUAAGCAGGCUGUCCUGCACUCUGAAAUCAAAUUUAAGUGACAUGUGACCUUUUCAAAACCUACUUUCUUUAAUAAGUGACCUGGUGACCUUCAGCAAUUUCAAAUGUGACCUUGUGACAUAAUCAGUAUACCCUACUGGAGAAACAAGGUUAUGAGCAGUACGUUUCUUUUAGAAAUGUUUGUCUUUCUGAUAUUGUAAAAGAUGAUCAAUGUAGAACAGUUAGUUGUUUAGGUCAGGGAAUGAGUCAGAAUACCUCUUUAUAAUGGUGAGUGAUUUUUACAUUGUUCGUGUGCUAUAAACAUGAUAAUCAGCUUUAGUAUAAUUUUUGGCAAUCAUUUGCUUAAUGAGAAGUACUAGGUAUAUGAACCCAUACACAACUUAGUAUACUGUCUGUCAUAAUAUAAUAAUAGUCAAUGUUUGUGACUGUUAAUAUGAUAAAUAUUGCCAAGUACAGAUCCAGAAUAUUUUUUCUGGGUUCCAUUUUAAAAAGUUGAAUUAUUUUUACCCUGUUACCUUUUUCUGAAUCAACCGUUGAUAAGGAAAUAUAUACUGAAUAAAGGCUUGUAUAGUCCGUGGUUUUAUUCUCCAAAAUUGAACCUUCCAGACAGGGGAUUGGACUAUAGAGUAGGAUAAGCAAGAAAUAAGAGAAAAAAAUCGAUUUCUUGAGGUGGUUUGUUUACAUUCCGCCAUGUUUGUUAUUGAAAUUGGAAAGGGUGCUCUUAUCAUUUUCAAAACUAAUAUUUUUACCUAAUCCAUAUUAAUAUGUUAUUUUUGUUCAAUAUCAAAUUAAUACUGAUUAAUUUAAAAAUUAAAUGCUCACUACAAAUUUCUCGUUUCUUUUCACUGCAUUGCUUAAAAUAAACUGGAAUCUGCUUGAAUGUAACGGAACGAAAAAAGUAUAAAAGUCAACCGUCAACUCUUACACAAUUGUACUUUUUUAGUAUCAAAACUUUUUUUACACAAGGUUUGUACUACAUAUUUAAAGUCCCAGUUUUGUACUUCUGCAGUGUAGUAAUACAAAAGUACACUAAAUAAAUAGUACUUUUUUUCAUUUUAAUUUAAUAGAAAAUUUUACUGAAAGUGUAAUAUUAUAAAAAAAAAUACCGGACUGGUACAAAUAGAAAUAUGACCUUCAAUGUACUACAAAUCAAACGUAUAAAACUAUUACCAUCAACUUUUAAGUCCAGUACUGUGAAAUUAUGGUACUGAAUUAACACACUAAUUUCAAAAGUAUUAUUAUUUAGGUAUGUUUUCUGUACUUCAAAUUAAUGUUACUACAUAAGAAUACAUGCCAAAGUAGUUGUGUACAGACACUUACUCUUAUGUUUUGUACAGAUCUGUGUAAACAUUCCGUUUUGUCAUCUGUAUAAUAUUCAUUAAAGGUUUGUGAAAUAGGAAAUUUUGUUUGGCUAUUGCGUUUGUAUGCUUGAGUAUAUAUAUUGUAACUAUGUAUAUGAUGAACAGAAAGUAAAUUAAAGUGUUUCCAUGGAAAAAUGCAUUGCUAUGAAAGCGUUCUCUAGAUUGACCUUGUGUGAAGACAUUAGUAGGCAAUAUUUUUGUGGUAGCUAUGAAAGAGGGAUAGAUAAUACCGUAGAAAAAUUGAAUUGAUUAAUGGAACAUUUAAAAAUAUUAUACAAACCACUUAACAGUUAUGUUGUAACAAACAAAACCAUAAAUGAUGCAUUAAGUGUGAAAAACUUUGGAUUUAUAUAAAAAUCACCAAUAUAUAUUUCAUAAAAGAAUUUAAUCAUCCUUUGUUUAUUGUUUAUUGUGGCGUGCAGUUUAAAUUUGUUUUCCAAAUAAUUGACACAUUUGUAGUUAUAUAAGGCUCCUUACAAAAAAACUGUAUAUAGUUUAAACUGUGUUUUUGGUUUAGGAAAUAGGGUUUUUUGCACCUCACUGAAUAUUCAGUAAUAAUCAGAAUUAGGUUGACUUCUUGUGUGAAACCAAGCCACCAACACCAACCUCCUCCCCCCCAGAAAAGGUAACAAUUUGUCUCGAUAACCUUACUUGCUACUUGCCCCAAACACUCCCUUUUAUAUAGUUGAUAUGAUUAAUUCCAAACACUAAACUAUAAAUCAACUCUUUUAUCUGUUUUAAAAAAUAUAACGCAAAGAGACAUUUUUUUUAUAUUGAAUGAGAGGUCAUAGUUGAGAAAUGUUAUGAAUUAAUGUGUAAAUAAAUAUUCAUCACUUUCAGAGGUUAGCAUUAUCUUUAAAUUAUGUCAAAAGUUUUAAAAACAUAAUUUACUUUUAGUUGGAUACAUACAUGGAUUUUUCAACCAUGAAAUUUAUAUUUACUAAGAAUAUGAGUCUGAAAUUAUUUUGAUUUUUAGGUUAAAUAAACCUGGUAUCAACAAAAAUAUAAUUAUUCAAUAUUGACAGCUUCAUGUACAAGUUUUAUAUAUCAUUAAGUGAAUAGUACAAAUGUCUCAACCAAUCUGGAACACGUUUAAUAAACUGAAUUAAUGCUGAAUUUUUAAAUGUUUAACAUAGGUAGAACAUGAAAGUAGAUAAUUGUGCAUAUAUUUUCCUCAAUUUUCUUAUUAUUGAUAUAACAAGCAAACAAGCAUUGUUUUAUAGACAGUAUUUAUUUUAACACUUUCCAUAUGGUGCUAGGAGUUCAUAUAUACAAUGUAAUAGGUUAUCUCCCCUAAUUUAAAAAAAAUGUUUUUUUAAUUCUAUAUUAUAGAUAUUCACCAUUCUAACAUGACGUUCUUCAAACGCUUUGAGUACACACCCGUGGUAAAAUAUGAAUAUAUUGUUUGGGCUGUUCCAAUCAUACUCCCGCGUCACAUGUUUUUUUAUGAAUGAGCUACCUGACGUCAUAGAACGAUGACGUAAGAAUAUAAACAUUUUACGGGAAAAUACACGCUUGUGAAACCGAAAAUCAUCACAACAAGGAAACGUAAACAAACGAUGCAAAAAUGUGUUAUAUAAGCCAUUUUUUAUACGACCGCAAAAAAAUUUUGUGGUCGUAUAUUGGUAUGACGUUGGCGUCGUCGUCGUCGUCGUCCGAAGACACAUUGGUUUUCGCACUCUAACUUUAGUUUAAGUGAAUGGAUCUUUUUGAAAUUUUACAAUAAGGUUAAAUACCACAAAAGGAAGGUUGGGAUUGAUUUUGGGGGUUAUGGUACCAACAGUUAAGGAAUUAGGGGCCAAAAAGGGGCCAAAAAUAAGCAUUUUCUAGUUUCCAGACAAUAAAUGUGGAAUGGUGUAUGGAUCUCUCUGAAAUUAUACUACAAGUUUCCAUACCACAAAGGGAUGGUUAGGAUUUGCUUUGGGGGGUUAUGGCUCAAACCGUUUAGGAAUUAGGGGCAAAAAAGGGGGAAAAACAAGGUUGUCCUGGUUAAUGGACAAAUACUUUAGUACAAAACAUAAUUUAAAGCAGUGUAAGGGAGAUAAAUCAAAUACAUCAUUGAAAUUAUCUCCCUUACACUGCUUUUAAAUUAUGUAUAAAGUAAUGGUUAAUGAACAAUAAAGAUAAUUUAAAACAGUGUAAGGGAGGUAAUCCAAAUACAACGUUUUGGUUACUUCCCUUACACUGCUUUUAAAUUAUGUUUAAAGAAAUGCAUAUUUAUAAAGGAAGACCAGUAAAAAUAUCUGCAAAUGUUGCAUCAUUUUUUUUUACAAAAAAAUCCAUAUGAAAGAUUUGACACUAUAUUUUUUAUUCUAUUAUAAAAUAGAUUAAGUUAGCACUAUGGUAAAUUUAAAUGGGUAAUUAUGGUUGCCAACUCCAUUGGAAAUUUGAAUUGAGAUUAUGACCAUAUCUUGAGGGAAAGAAUUUUUUGGGGGAAAAAAGGGGGGGGGGGGAUAAAAAGAAAUUGUGGGGGGUCAAUUUUUUCUCAUUUCAGAUUUCAGAAAUUAAAAAGAAUUAUUCUUCAAAUAUUAUUUUUUUUUCAAAUUUCAAAUAUUGAAAAAUUUCAAGAAGUAAUCUUUAAUUGCACAGUAUGGCGCAUUAGAUUUGUAAAAUCUUUGAUCACAUUUAUUUAUUUGUUAUGCCGAAUCUAACAGUGUAUUUAGAUUUUUAAUUUUGGGUCCAGUUUUCAAAAUGGUCUACAUUAAGGUCCAAAGGGUCCAAAAUUAAACUUUGUUUGAUUUUAGCAAAAAUUGAAUAUAUGAGGUUCUUUGAUAUGCUGAAUCUAAACAUGUAUUUAGAUUUUUGAUAUUUGGCCCAGUUUUCAAGUUGGUCCAAAAUUAAAAUUUGUUUGAUUUCAACAAAAAUUGAAUAUAUGGGGUUCUUUGAUAUGCUGAAUCUAACCAUGUAUUUAUAUUUUUAAUUUGUGGACCCCGUUAUCAAAUUGGUUCAUAUUGAGGUCAAAAGGGUCCAAAAUUAAACUUUGUUUGAUUUCAUCUAAAAUUGAAUUAUUGGGGCUCUUUGAUAUUCCAAAUCUAACCGUGUAUUUAGAUUUUUAAUUUUGGGUCCUGUUUUUUAAAUUGGUCUACAUUAAGGUCCAAAGGGUCCAAAAUUUAACUUAGUUUAAUUUUAACAAAAAUUGAAUUCUUGGGGUUCUUUGAUAUGCUGAAUCUAAACAUGUGUUUAGAUUUUUGAUUAUGGGCCCAGUUUUCAAGUUGGUCCAAGAUAGGGUCCAGUAUUUAAACUUUGUUUGAUUUCAACAAAAAAUGAAUAUAUGGGGUUCUUUGAUAUGCUGAAUCUAAACAUGUAUUUAGAUUUUUGAUUAUGGGCCCAGUUUUCAAGUUGGUCCAAAUUGGGGUCCAAAAUUAAACUUUGUUUGAUUACAUCAAAAAUUGAAUUAUUGGGGUUCUUUGAUAUGCCAAAUCUAAUCGUGUUUUUAGAUGUUUAAUUUGGGUCCCGUUUUUUUAAAUUGGUCUUCAUUGAGGUCCAAAGGGUCCAAAAUUAAACUUAGUUUGAUUUUAACAAAAAUUGAAUUCUUGGGGUUCUUUGAUAUGCUGAAUCUAAACAUGUGUUUAGAUUUUUGAUUAUGGGCCCAGUUUUCAAGUUGGUCCAAGUUGGGGUCCAAAAUUAAACUUUUUUUGAUUUCAACAAAAAUUGAAUAUAUGGGGUUCUUUGAUAUGCUGAAUCUAACCAUGAAUUUAGAUUUUUUAUUUGUGGCCCCGCUAUCAAAUUGGUUCAUAUUGAGGUCAAAAGGGUCCAAAAUUUAACUUUGUUUGAUUUCAUCAAAAAUUGAAUUAUUGGGGUUCUUUGAUAUUCCAAAUCUAACCGUGUAUUUAGAUUUUUAAUUUUAAGUCCCAUUUUUUUAAAUUGGUUUACAUUAAGGUCCAACAGGUCCAAAAUUAAACUUAGUUUGAUUUUAGCAAAAAUUGAAUUCUUGGGGUUCUUUGAUAUGCUGAAUCUAAACAUGUGUUUAGAUUUUUGAUUAUGGGCCCAGUUUUCAAGUUGGUCCAAGUUGGGGUCCAAAAUUAAACUUUGUUUGAUUUUAACAAAAAUGGAAUAUAUGGGGUUCUUUGAUAUGCUGAAUCUAACCAUGUAUUUUGAUAUUGGACAUUGGACCAUAAUAGGUAAAUUAAAAAAAUUCAAGUUCUUAGACCACAUUCUUUCUGUGUCAGAAACCUAUGCUGUGUCAAAUAUUUAAUAACAAUCCAAAUUCAGAGCUGUAUCAAGCUUGAAUGUUGUGUCCAUACUUGCCCCAACUGGUCAGGGUUCGACCUCUGCGGUCGUAUCAAGCUGCGCCCCAGCGAAGCAUUUUAUUGUAUACAUAUAAGACAUAUAAGUCCAAUUAUCAUUUAGAUUCAUCCAAACCUAUCUAAAUAUGUUAUUGUAAAUAGUUUAAGCAUGUCAUUUAUUCAGUUUGCUCCGGUCUUUUACGUCAAUUUAAUAGUGCGUUUAUUUAUGGGAACGGCAAAUAAUGCCUUCAUCUAGAGCGCUUCGAUCCAAAACAAUUGCCGUAUUUGUCCUAUUAGAAUCGAAAUAAUUCAUGGGGGCUUGAAUAUAUCGUGAUUUUACCACGGGUUGUCCUUUAUAAAUUUCGAUUGUAUAGAAAUAGAAAUACUUUUAAGUUUAAAAUGGGAUACCAGGAUAGCUUCAAUAAAAUUUUAAAUUCAGAAUUUGCACACUUUUAGACAGAUUAAGUUAUAUAACAAAUUAUUACUCCUACAAAUUUUAAUAGAAAUACGUGUAUUCUUUAUUUGGAAAAGGUGGUUUCCCAUGGUAAUUUAGGAGUUGUCAGCUCAAGGUGGAUAUUUCUUAUGUUAAUUCAGAAGAUAAAGAGACAUAUGGAAAUAUUUUGGACUUUGGUAUAGUAAUAGUUUUGAUUAAUACCAUUGCACUAGUAAUAAGUGAAAACAGCACAGAGAAUGCUAUUUUAUUCCAAUCUGCGCUCACUUGUGUAUGUGUGUGGUUUUUUUGUUGAUAAUCAGUGGCAUUAUUCCUAUAGAAAUUUAAAGAAUUAGAAAAAACAAAAAAUGCUGAUAUAUUUUUAUUACAAAUGAAAAUUUAUAUGUCUGAAGGUAAAUACAUCUAUUUUAUGAAAUUGGAUCAACUGAAAUACUGAAACAACAGUUUAUACAGAGGCAGUUUGGACCAAAAUUAACCAAAAUGUAGUUUUUCUGGUCAAUGUUAAGUCAAGUUUUAUAUCAGAAUGACAUUCUUGUUACGUUUUUACAUCUUUGAAAGUUGUAAAGCAGAUGAUACAUCCCUUUUCAGGUUAAAUUGAUUUUUUUUUACCUUCCCAUACAGUUCUUAUUUUUUUAAAGAUAAAAUUCUGACAUAAUUUGAUUUUAAGGGAGAUAAUUAACACUGGCUUUUUACCCUCAAUCAAACAAAAGUAAUUGUUUACUAUAUUCAUUUAAAAUGUCAGAGUAAUAUUUUCUGGGGUUACAAUCACUUUGUCUAUUUUGUUGAAAAUAUAUAUUGUAAUAUUUUACAUUGUAACUAUUUUGUAAUAUUGUGCAUGUUUUAUGAGAAACGUAUGAAUAAUAACUGUGAUAAUUUGUAAUUUCUAUAAAUAUAUAUUUAUAUUUUGUCAAAAUACUUGUUAAUGCAUUAAAUAUCUUUCAAGCUGA